UGUUUAUUUAUUUACAAAUUUUGCCUGGCCAAGUGCGAAAUGAAAUAAGUAGUGACGAACAAUGACCAGUAUUAAUUACUUAGCCAUGGAAGUCUCGCGAUAGUGAUAAAAUAAGUGCAAAAUGUCGUGACAUAAAUAUUUAAAAAAGGAAAAAUUUUUAAGCUCUUCGAGACAUCAUUUUUUUUUACUUUUCUGUUCCAUCAGUACAAGUACAAUUGAUAUGGCUCUGUCAAGGUUAGCUGUACGAUGCUUCAGGCUUCACUCCAUGAUCAGAACUCCAAUCUUACUAUCCCAUUACCAAGCUAAUGAUGUGACAUUUAACUGCCCUCCACAUGAAUAUUCUCAACUAAGAUCUGUGAAAAAUUUUAGCCAUGCUAAAGUUAAGCACUAUCCAUUGGGCAUGUGGGCAUAUUGCAUUUUCAUGGGAAGCACUUUAUUCCUUUUCUGGUUUGAUUGGGAGUGGGUUGGUGAUACACGCAUUGCCAAAGUAGUCAAGAGAAUUUUCAAAGCUGAAGCUGCUUCAGCUCUUGCAGAAAGCAACAGAAAGAAGUCAAAAAGAAGUGAGUCAAGUGAUUCUGAAAAUUGCGAAGUAGAAGAAAGUAAACAUGAAGGGGGAAAAGGGAAGAAAAAAGACAGACCUGGAUUUCGUGAUCGCAAGAUCAUUGAGUAUGAAAAUCGUAUCCGAGCAUAUUCUACUCCAGAUAAAAUAUUUCGCUACUUUGCCACUCUCAAAGUUUACAACGAACAAGGUGAUUGUGAAAUUUUUAUGACUCCUGAAGACUUCCUACGUUCUCUGACUCCUGGUGUAAAACAGCCUGAAGGUUUAGGUCUAGACCAGUUUAAAAAAGUGGAAAUAAAAGCUGAUGCUUUUCAUGUUCCGGGACGCAAACUAGAAAUAGAAGUGCAAACAGCUGAUGCAAACAAAGGUGUUUUGACACCAAAUGAAGAAAGUAUCUUUUAUAAACUUGGUGCUGCUGGCCUCAUUGGCUUUUCUGAAUAUAUGUUUCUGCUUACUAUAUUAUCAGCUUCAAAAAGACAUUUUGAAAUAGCUUUUAGAAUGUUUGAUUUAAACGGUGAUGGUAAUGUAGAUUAUGAAGAAUUUGAUAAAGUGCAAACCAUCAUCCGUGGUCAAACAAGCGUAGGAAUGCGUCACAGGGAUCAUUCAAACACUGGAAAUAUCUAUAAAGGGUUUGGUAGUGCUUUAUCAACGUACUUCUUUGGACCAAAUUUAGACAGAAAAUUGACCAUUGAAAAGUUUUUAGAGUUUCAACUGCAAUUGCAAACAGAAAUUCUUACUUUGGAGUUUCAAAGGAAAAAGCCAGAUACGGAAGGUUUCAUUCGAGAAGUGGAUUUUGCUGAUCUGUUGCUUACGUAUGCUGGUUUAUCAGAGAAAAAACAUGUCAAGAUGCUUAAAAGAGUAAAAAAGAGAUUUAAAAAUUCAAGGGGUAUAAGCCUUGAUGAUUAUUUGCUAUUUUUCCACUUCCUCAAUGAUAUCAAUGAUGUGGACACUGCUUUGACAUUUUAUCAUAUUGCUGGUGCUUCAAUUGAUCAAGCUACAUUAAAGCAUGUUGCCAAGACAGUUGCACAUUUAGAGUUGAGUGAUCACGUAAUUGAUGUCGUAUUUACGUUAUUUGAUGAGAACAUGGAUGGUGAAUUAAGUAAUCGUGAGUUUGUAGCUGUCAUGAAAGAACGUUUGCACAGAGGGUUAGAAAAACCCAAAGACACUGGAUUUGUUAAACUGAUGGAUUCAGUAUGGAAAUGUGCCAGGUUAAAAAAACCUGUUUUGCUGGAUGUUUAAUACAUGUUCAACAUCUUUCCUAUGUUAAUUAGUGAAAAAGACUGAAAUAUUUUUUUCCUUCCUUGCCUUAAAGAAUCUAUAAAACUAGAGAAAGUAUAUAAUUGAGAACUUAAAAAAUGUAAAAGAUAUUUAUAGUAUGUGUUAUAUACUAAUAUUGAUAGUAUGUGUUAUAUACUACUGUAAAUGUUAGAACAUUUGAAUAAAAUAUAUAAGAAA